CCACAAUUAUUAUCAUCAUAACACAACAAAACACACACAAAAGAAAAACAAAAUCUCUCUUCUAAAUUCCUGUUCUUCUUCCUACAUUAAACAUAACCAAUGGCAAUGAAGAUGAUGGUUGUUUUCAUGGUCGUUGCAGUGGCUUUCUCAGCUGUAGGACAAGCAGCUGCCGCCACCGUAGAAGCUCCGGCUCCAAGUCCAACUUCUGAUGCUGCCAUGUUUGUACCAGCAUUGUUUGCAUCUGUUGUUGCUUUAGCAUCUGGUCUUCUCUUUUGAGCCAAAACACACAUUUAUCAUUCUUCUUUUUUUUUGGUUCAUUUGUUUUAUUGUUUUUGCUAAUGAGUUGUGUGUCAUUUGAUUAUAUUGUUAAUAGAGUGUUGUAUUACUCUUAAUGUAACCAUCUGUUUCUCUGUGUUUUCUUCAGACUGUUUUAUGGCCUCGUUAAUCUUACAGUAUGUCCAAAAAUCCA